UUACGUUUUACUUCAUUAAUAGCGCAUUAUUACGGUGUCUUUAACAGUUGCACUAACAUUCCUCAGUGUAAUUUCAUGCUAUGAAAUAAAUAUUAUGUUUUAGUUGGUAAGACAAAAUGUCAGAUAGCCUUUCUGAGGAAAUGAGUGGUGAAACAACUCGACUGUUAUCGGCCACAUCGAUGGAGAGGCCUAGAUCUGAUCAUUCAAGACAUGGAAUUGACCACUUGGCGACUGAAUCUGGCUAUGAGGAACUCAUGGGUGGUAAUGUUCCAUGUCCCACAUGCCGCGGUCUGGGAAAAAUACCGAAAGAACACGAGGGGCAGCUUGUUGCACUGAUACCAAUGAGAGACAAACGACUCAAACCACAAAGAACGAUCCUGUACGUGAUACUGGCAAUCAUUGUGUGUAUGUUGACGACAUUCCUCAUUCUGUUUUUCCUCUUCCCACGAGAUGUCAUUCUCAGCAGUAAUAAACCUGUCAUUGAUCCGAUCUACCUUAAAGUUAAUGUCAGCCAGACGUUCGCUAACAUCACAUUCAUUAAUGUAUUCAACUUCACGAACCACAACUUCGUGUCUGUCACUAUAACUGGGGCACGGAUGACGUCACUGUACGAGAGCAAGCAGAUAGCAGUGUCGGACAACACAACCAAUUUAAGAAUUGAUCCGCGCUCCAUGGUGUCUUACGGUGUGGAGAUGCAGAUCAUCUUCAAGACCAAGGAAUGGGAGUUCUUAGUGAAAAACUGUGAUGAUCCCAGAUUGUGGGUGCAUAAUUUGUUAAUAAAUUUUGAGGUGACUGCAAACUACACCUUCUUGGGGCAUGAAGAGCAGACAACUCUGUCUACAAUCCAACCAGUUAACUGUUACAAUGAGACGAAAUUAUAGCCCUAUGUGUAGACCAAACACUAACUACAGUGGUCAAACAGAAGUAUCAAAAGUCACAUUUUUCAAAGUUUAUUUGCAGCAAAUCUGUUUUUAUUUAUUGUGAACAAAUCUGUUUUCAUAUCUUGGGUCAGUUGGUUUGAAACAAAGCAUAUCUAGCUUUAAAUCCAUCACACACUAGUUGUACAGGGCAAAGUCAACCAAUUAUUUAUUGCUAAUGCUUGCCACACUAUUAUUCUGUAAUAUGAGCAAAUGUGCAUUGAGCUGCGGUUAGGCGCCUCCCUACAAGUAGUUUGGCCCAGCUCAUCCGUCUUCGGCAGUGACCCAUAUUAAUCUAGCCUCUACCCCUUGACUCCUGUCCUCGAUGAAAGAGCUGGCAGAACCUGUGCCCAGGACAGGUAUGCACUAUUACAGCUUGCUCUGAACGUGUAUGUUAAAACUCUUGACCUUGACCCUUUGACCAAUCCAGCAUGAGUGACUCUACCAGGGGUUGAAGCUCCCGCUGGUAUAACUCUCUGGAUCACUGAGACAUACACACGUCGAGGAAUGGACCAUGAGAGAGCUAAUUUUUAUACUGUAUGUUAAACCAAAUGAUCACUUUGGGAAUUAGUCAAAGUGGUUUGCAAACAUUAGCAAAAAAUGGUUGGCUGAAUGUAGGCCCUGUCAAAGAACAGUGUAUUCAAUCACAUGACAAAUUUAGGCCACUAGAAUGUAGAUUAGAACUAUUUAUUUAAUUCAAGAGUUGAAACCCUAACUCAAAUAAUCAAAAUGAUUAUAAAUUGUACUUUGCUCAAACACUAAAACUGGUUAUUAAUGGAUAUUACCAUUCAAGCUUCAGGGGCAUUUUUUAUAAUCCACCUCAAGUAUGGCAACAGUGUGCAUUCCACUGGUUGUAUGGUGGUCAUGGCCCAGUGGUAAAGCACUCGGCUGAUAUGCCAGUCUGGCCCCAUUAGGCUAUUUCUCAUCCUAGCAAGUGCAUCACGACUGGUGUAUCAAAGCCCAUGGUAUAUGCUAUCCUGUCUAUGGGAUAAUGCAUUAUAAAGAUCCCUUGCUAUUAAUGGACAAAUAUAGUAGGUUUCCUGUUGAAAAUUAUAUAUAAAAAUUAUCACAUGUUUGCUAAUGAUUAAUAAACAAUGUGCUCUAGUGAAGUCGAGAAAAACACUUUUCUUUCUGCUGGUGGUUUCAACAGAAGCUGGUUUAACCCCAGCCAGUCCCAGUAUAAGAUAUAUCAUUGAGUUAUUAUUGUUACUGUUAGGAACAUUUACAGUUAUGUUUUGUUUAACAACACAACUAGAGUACAUUGAUUUAUUAAUCAUUGGCUAUUGGAUGUCAAACAUUUGGUAAUUAUGACAUGUACUCUUAGAGAAAAACCACUACAUUUUUCUGUUAUAUUUAUGUUUGUUUUUCUACUACAUUUAUGUCUAUGUUUGUGUUAUUCAAGACAUCUUUUUGUCAAUGUACAUCUUACACUAAAUUUGCUUCUGGUAGAACACUAAACACUCACCAGGCAACUGUAUUUAUUACCUGCCUGAUAUUUUCAAACUUGAAAGGCUGAUAUAUACAUGAUCUAUACUCUACUCAAGUACUCAAAGUCGUUAUAAAUGGGUAUUAUCGUUCAUAAUCCAUGAUCUGUUUUGUGCAGGCUGGCCUUUAUAUAUAAACAGUUACUGGAUCUCUCCAGGCCCACAUCACUGACUGCAUCAAGGCCUGUUUGUCAUUCUUCUAUACAUGAACAUAUACAAAACUGGGUGUGGGUCUCACCAUUGAACUUUGACUGAUACAUCAAGUGUUUUUCAAUCUUUCUUCUGUGAAUUAAUUUAGUAACAUUUCGUGAAAAUCUUGGAAAACAUGAACAGUAUACACCAUUCAGUGCUUUCAGUGAGACUCAGGGGUUCUAGAAUUUUAAAAAAUUCACUUGCCAUUGGGCCAGUGGAUUUGAAAAUUCACUGGCCAUGGUAAAAAAUUCACUUGCCCAAUUUUAACUGUUGAUAAAAAAAAUAAAAACCACAGUAAAUUAAAAUAAUUAACUUUUUAGUGUACCGGGUACAUUUUGCAUACUGAGAUCAUAUGUAAUCAAUUUGUCAAUUUGCACAACACAUAGGCUCAUUAGGCACACUUUAUGUUUGUUUAGAAAAACAUGAAACCAUUUUUAUCAGUUUAGAGUAAAGUUACUUAUUAAAAUUUUUAAAUAAUUGUUUCCACUAAAACCACCUAAGUUAAUAUAUAUAU